AGCCCAUUACUCUCUUUUGUGGUACUUGUUUAGAUUACUGUUGCGCUUCAGUGUUUUCUGAGUUCGAACGCGGGCAGACCUAUCUGUAUUAUUAUUUUUCUGUCGUCUGCUUUUUGUUUUCGCAUCUCCGCUUCGAAUGGGAAAGAAGAAGCAGUCUCGCCCGGCAGGUGCGGUUGUGGCUCCUCAAUACGCAGCAGCCACAACCGUGCCCGCAGGCAAUGUCGCGGCCGCCACCACAACGAUCAAACAUACACACGCGCACCCUCGAGCCCAUUCAGCGCCAGCAGUAGAAGUAAAAGAGUUCUUGGGACUCUUCUCCUUCCGCACGCGGUCGCUUCGCGUUCUUAUCGUCCUGGUCGCAGUCAUCUUUACACUCCGCAGCUGCUGGCAGGCCUUUGUUAUUCGUCUAUUCCCUGUGAAAGCGUAUGGUUACCUGAUCCACGAGUUCGACCCGUGGUUCAACUACCGCGCCACGGAGUACAUGUCCGAGCACGGCUGGAAGGCGUUCUUCCGCUGGUUCGACUACAUGAGCUGGUACCCGCUGGGCCGCCCCGUCGGCUCCACCACGUACCCCGGCCUGCAGUUCACCGCCGUCGCCAUCCACCGCGUGCUGGCCGCGCUGGGGGUGCGCAUGUCGCUCAAUGAUGUGUGCGUGCUCAUCCCGGCGUGGUUCGGCUCCAUCGCCACAGCCGUCCUCUGCCUCGCUUCCUACGACGUAUCUCGCAGUUUUAUCGCACCUAUGGUUACUGCCUUUACAUUUGCCAUUGUCCCCGCACACCUGAUGCGGUCCAUGGCCGGCGAGUUCGACAACGAGUGCAUCGCCAUGGCGGCCAUGCUGCUCACCUUCUACCUGUGGGUCCGCUCCCUCCGCACGCGUGCCUCGUGGCCCAUCGGUGCGCUGGCGGGCGUGGCGUACGGCUACAUGGCGGCCGCGUGGGGCGGCUACAUUUUUGUGCUCAACAUGGUGGCCCUGCACGCCGGUGUGGCGGCGCUGGUGGACUGGGCACGCAACACGUACAGCCCGUCGCUGCUGCGCUCCUACGCGCUGUUCUACGUCGUCGGCACCGCCCUCGCCACGCGCGUGCCGCCCGUCGACAUGGCGCCCUUCCGCUCGCUGGAGCUGCUCGGUGCCUUGGUGGUGCUCGUCUUCCUCUGCGGCCUGCAGGUGUGCGAGGUGCUGCGCCGGCGUGCCGACGUCGAGGUGCGCUCCUCCGCCAACCUGAAGAUCCGCAUCCGCGUGUUCGGCGCGAUGGCCGGUGCCGGUGCCCUGGUGAUCGCCGUGCUGGCCCCCACCGGCUACUUCGGCCCGAUGUCGGCUCGCGUGCGUGCGCUCUUUGUGCAGCACACCCGCACCGGCAACCCGUUGGUGGACUCCGUCGCGGAGCACCAGCCCGCCUCCCCGGAAGCCUUCUGGACGUUUCUGCACAUCUGCAGCGUGAUGUGGGGACUGGGUGUAUUGCUGAUGACCGUCUCGUUGCCCCUCGACUACACCCCUGCCAAGCUUUUUUGGCUUCUCAAUUCCGCAGCUGCGUACUACUUUAGUCUGCGGAUGUCGCGACUGGUGCUGCUGUCGGGACCACCGGCGUGCCUUCUCACCGGCUACUUUACUGGAGCCUUGCUGGACGCGGCCGCGAAGUUGACUUUCUGGGACAGCGAAGCCACCAAGGCCAGGAUGGUGGAUGAGGCGGAGCAGCCCACUGCGACAGCCACGAACGGCGCCGCAACUCAGCGUAGCUCCAAAGCGGCUCACGUAGAGGAAGAGGCGUGCGCUCCGCCGCCCUCUUGUUUUACGGAUAUUAUUGACCGUAGUAGUAUGCCUUGGUGGCCUCGACUGCUCCUCUGCCUUUCCUUGUGGGCCCUUGCUGCUGCCAUUGGGUGGAACCUCGUUGGCUCAGACUUCAUUGCACAUGCGACGAUGUUCAGUCAGCACGCGUCAAACCCUAUGAUUGUCUUCCGGGCACGCGUGCGGGACCCACUGACUGGCAAGCCGACAGACAUCGUGGUUGACGACUACGUGGCGAGUUACAAGUGGCUGAGUAAACAAACCCCGCGUAGUUCGCGUGUGCUUGCCUGGUGGGACUACGGCUAUCAGAUCACCGGCAUCGGCAACCGCACGUCGCUCGCGGACGGCAACACGUGGAACCACGAGCACAUCGCCACCAUCGGCAAGAUGCUGACGUCGCCCGUUGCGGAGGCGCACUCGCUGGUGCGACACAUGGCGGACUACGUUCUCAUCUGGGCUGGGCAGAAUAAAGACGAUUUAAUGAAAUCACCGCACAUGGCCCGCAUCGGCAACAGCGUCUACCGCGACAUCUGUCCUGAUGACCCGCUGUGCCGCCACUUUAGUUUCCUCGAUCGAGAGUUCCGCAAACCCACGCCGACGAUGCGGGCCUCGCUGCUGUACAACCUGCACGAGAACAAAGUUGCUCCAGGCGUCGAGGUCGACCCGGCUCUCUUCCAGGAGGUGUACACCUCUAAGUAUGGCCUCGUGCGCAUCUACAAAGUGAUGAACGUCAGCCGUGAGAGCAAGAGGUGGUUGGCCGAUCCCGCCAACCGCGUGUGCAACCCGCCGGGGUCGUGGAUCUGCCCGGGUCAGUACCCGCCCGCGAAGGAGAUUCAGUCCAUGCUUGCCCAUCGCGUGGAAUUUGAGGAACUGGGGACCUUCAACCGCCAGAAAAAGGACGCCGCCUAUCACGCGGAAUAUCUGAAACAGUUCAGCGACGAUGCCGACAUGUGA